CGUUAUCUCACCCAUGUUUAAUUGUUUGAUUUGAUAAUGAUAUUUAUUGAAAAAAUAAAAUAGAAGAAAGUCCAAGAAAUGAAAACAUAGCCUAGGCAAUGGCCUUGUCCUCCACCACUACUACUCGUACAGUAUACAUUCCAAGUAACAAAAUUCUACACACUCAACCACCCAAAUUGGGAUUCUCAUCUACCGUUGUUUUUUCAGUGAAAUUACAGCGGAGAUUAUGCAUCAGAAAUUCCAGUGAAAACUCUACCGGGGAAACAGAGGUAGAGUCAGAGAGUUCCAUUGAAGUUCCAAAGGAAUCAUCCUCUUUAAUUUCUACUCUCAAUGUUGAAAGGGCUCUCCGUGGCAUACCAAUUACAGACGCAGAUCAUUAUGCUAGACUCGGCAUUCCAAGAGGAUGUCCCUAUGACAUGGUACCGCUUGCGUAUAACAACAAGCUUCGAGAAUUGGAGAGUCAAGGUUUAGAAGAAGACCUACUCAACAACAAAUUGGAACUUCUCCGAGAAUCAUACACAAUCAUGUCAUCGCCAGAAGAAAGAAGAAUAUACGACUGGAGCUUGGCCAGAGCAGAUAACACAGACAAAUACAUUUGGCCAUUUGAGGUUGAUGUUUCAGAGAUACAAAAAGGAGAUCCUCCACCACCGGAACCUGAGGAUGUUGGACCAACCAGACUGGUUGGAUACUUCCUAUUGGGAUGGAUACUGCUAGCAUUUGUGUUAUCUAUUUAUCUAAACUUAUAGAAACAAGUUUAUUAUGCAUCAACGCAUUGAACUUUUUUCCCCCAAAGAAACAAUAUGAUGUUAUGUAAUGGACAAGUGUUUUGAGUUGAAUGAAAUUCUAAGUUCUAUUUUAAACAAUAGAAUCUGGACAUUUAA